GCGGAAUCCUUCAAGGAACAAGGAAACGCCUACUAUGCCAAGAAAGACUAUAACGAAGCGUACAACUAUUACACAAAAGCCAUAGAUACCUGUCCCAACAACGCCAGCUACUACGGGAACAGAGCUGCCACCCUCAUGAUGCUGGGACGGUUCCGCGAAGCGCUGGCCGAUGCCCAGCAGUCCGUCAGGCUGGACGACACCUUUGUAAGGGGCCACCUACGGGAAGGGAAGUGCCAUCUGUCCCUAGGGAAUGCCAUGGCUGCCAGCCGCUGCUUUCAACGAGUCUUAGAACUGGAUCACAAGAAUACUCAGGCGCAGCAAGAGCUCAAAAAUGCCAGUACUGUCCUCGAGUAUGAAAAAAUAGCUGAAGUGGAUUUUGAGAAACGAGAUUUCAGGAAGGUUGUCUUUUGCAUGGAUCGUGCUUUGGAGUUUGCUCCCGCUUGUCACCGGUUCAAAAUCCUGAAGGCUGAAUGUUUAGCGUUGCUGGGCCGCUACCCAGAAGCACAGUCCGUAGCAAGUGACAUACUACGAAUGGACUCAACAAAUGCAGACGCUCUGUACGUCCGUGGCCUCUGCCUUUAUUAUGAGGACUGUAUUGAGAAGGCAGUGCAGUUCUUCGUGCAGGCACUCAGGAUGGCCCCUGACCACGAGAAAGCGUGUCUUGCCUGUCGUAAUGCCAAAGCACUUAAAGCGAAAAAAGAAGAUGGGAAUAAAGCAUUUAAAGAAGGAAACUACAAACUAGCAUAUGAACUAUACACAGAGGCAUUAGGAAUAGAUCCAAAUAAUAUAAAAACAAAUGCCAAACUCUACUGUAACCGAGGGACAGUUAAUUCAAAGCUUAGGAAACUUGAAGAAGCAAUAGAUGACUGCACAAAUGCAGUAAAACUGGAUGAAACAUAUAUCAAAGCAUACUUGAGGAGAGCACAGUGUUAUAUGGACACAGAACAGUAUGAAGAUGCUGUAAGAGACUAUGAAAAAGUUUAUCAGACAGAAAAAACAAAAGAACACAAGCAACUUUUAAAGAAUGCUCAGGUAGAACUGAAGAAGAGCAAACGGAAAGACUACUAUAAAAUCCUUGGAGUUGACAAAAAUGCCUCUGAAGAUGAGAUCAAGAAGGCUUACAGGAAAAGAGCACUAAUGCAUCACCCAGACCGACACAGUGGAGCAAGCGCAGAAGUACAAAAGGAAGAGGAGAAGAAAUUUAAAGAGGUUGGUGAGGCCUUUACCAUCCUGUCAGAUCCCAAGAAGAAGGCUCGCUACGACAGCGGGCAGGAUCUAGAAGAGGAUGGGCUGAACAUGGGAGAUUUCGAUGCAAAUAACAUCUUCAAGGCCUUCUUUGGUGGGCCGGGCGGCUUCAGUUUUGAAGCUUCUGGGCCAGGAAAUUUCUUUUUCCAGUUUGGCUAAAAAAAAAAAAAAAAUCUCCACAUACCUGAUCUGCUUAUUUUAACCUUGAAUAUGGACAUACUUAGCCUCCUUCCUUCAUCAUGUCUCAUUGUACUUAGAGCAGUUUCAUUUUCUCGGUUGGAGACCUCUGUUUUGUGUGCUUUGUGUGUGAAGAGGAAACCAGCUCGCGGAGGGGAAGGCUUAUGAAUUUGGUUUUACUGUUAACUUUAUUAAAAA